GGCGAUCCAGAGUGGUUCUUGAGCAUCAGAUCCGGAUAUUUGAGGCCUGACUUGAGGAUCGGUUCUCCACCCACGAUAUUUCCAUUACCCAACCGCAACGGCCAUCACCCCAUCUGUUCCCAUCCCAUCGCCAUUCACUCGACUUUCCCGACCUCCUUUUCCGCGCCUUCGAUUCAAAUAAAAAGUGUUCGCCGCCGCGUCGGUUGGCUUGACUUGGAUUGACUUUCAUAUCAUCCUGUCUACUCACUGUCCGUCGCGAUUGAUUGGUGCGCGUCGCCAGUCCCACUCCAUCCGGGGUCUUCUAUACUCCCCUCCUCCCAUACUUCUAUCCCCAAUUGAAUACCAUGGCCGCUUCCAUCAUCACGCGAGGGUCCAACUCUCUUGCGGCAUUCGCCGUCCGCUCGCGCCCCAAGAUCGACAUCUCACUGAGCAGCCAGAAGGAAGGCCUGGUCCCGUCCUACACUACCGGAGACGUCAUUGAAGGCACCGUCACGGUGACUGUCGACCACGAUACCCGCUUUGACGAGCUGGAGAUCACCUUCGAAGGCACCUCGCGCACCUCGGUCGAACGCCAGUCCAUGCCCGGGCGGACAGGGGCGUACCACACCUUCCUGCGCCUGCGGCAGCCCAUCGAGGAGACGGUGUAUCCGACCCCGCGCGUGCUCGAGGUCGGUCGCACGUAUCAGUUCCCCUUCACCUUCGUGGUCCCCGAUCGUCUGCUGCCGCACAUCUGCAACCACGCCAAAACGAAUCUGCACGUCGAGCACUCGCACACCCUGCUGCCCCCCACCCUGGGCGACCCCAUGAUGACCACCAAUCGCAAGGCCGUCGUCGAUGACAUGACGCCGGAAAUGUGCCGCAUCGCCUAUCUCGUCCGUGUCACCCUGCAGAAGAAGCCCGCCGCGCCCAACGCCGCCCCCGCUACCCUCGCGUCCGUCGGCAAAAAGGUGCGGAUCAUUCCCACCGUCGACGAGGAACCGCCCCUGAACGUGUCCGAUGACGAGGGCCUGUACUGCAUGCGCAAGGAGAAGGACGUCAAGCGCGGCUUCAUGCGCGGGAAGCUGGGCCGCCUGGUGGUCGCCGCGGCGCAGCCCAAGCCGGUGCAGCUGAGCCCGCCCGGCGAGGACAACAACGGUGACGGCUGCGACUCUGUGAACACAGUGGCCACCGUCCACCUGCGCUUCGACCCCGUGGGCGACGAGUGCCCGCCGCGCCUGGGCACGGUGUGGAGCAAACUCCGGGUGUCGACCUUCUACAGCUCCGACCCCUGGGGCGACUACCCGUCCGCGUCGUGUAUCCGAAGCUGGGCGCAGAUGGGCGGCCGCGGGAUGUACACCGAGGUGGUGCCACUGUCCACCAUGUGUGUAGCCUCGGCGCCCUGGACCAAGCACACGACGCCCGCCGGCGAGCGCCGUGACUCGAUGCAGUCCACCUCGUCCACGGAGUCGCUGCCAGGCCCGUCCGCCUCGUUCGGCGGCAGCACGUACUAUACGGCCGCGGUGGUCGUGCCCGUCACGCUACCCAAGGCCAAGACGUUUGUGCCGACCUUCUUCUCGUGCCUGACCGCGCGCGUCUACGCGCUGGAGCUGAGCAUCUCCUACCACGCGCCCAACGCGCGCAUCCUCACGCCGUCCGCAUCCCUGAAGGUGCCCAUCCAGCUGACCUGCGAGGCGCGGCCGGGCGCGCCGUCCAAGGGCACGGUCGUCAACAUCACCCAGGAUGAGGUCAACGCCGAGUUCUUCAGCCCUCGCAGCAUCGCGCCCGCCGCCAUCGCCGAGCUGCCCGCCAUCGCGCCGCCCGACUACACGGCCGUGCGCAUGAGCAAUUUGGCGCCGGACCGUUCGCAGAUGCUGGGGACAGCGCGAGUAUAAUCUAGAGGUAUCUCUCGGACUGUACAAACAUCAACUGGCACCUACAAAAAAAAGACCAACUCAAGCAUCGCACAAAGGCAUCGACAUCAAUAUCGACCCGGCAGUCAACACCAACUUCAAAAGCAUGAUUUCAAAUUCAAUUUCAAAGGCGUUAUGGAUAAUACCCGGGAUGGUUAGGAUUAGCAGUUUGCCUCAAGGAUACGAUACCCACCUACCUGAUUGUGGAAUGUGAUUUAUGGUUUAGAGCACUACAUAGCAUAGAUAAUCAAGCCCUAAUUAAUCUACUUUGAC